AAAUUUAUUGAAGCGCAAACAUGUCAAAGAUUCUUUUGACUUGAAAUGUUUCCAAAAGACAAUAAUGCCCAAGGUUUCGGUGUUUUGUCCAUGCAGUGAGCCAUUGGAUUUCACUUCACAAGCUGUUAUUGAUCCUGCUAAGCUACAAUUGGAUUCGUAUCCUCACACAAUAACAGAUCAAAACACUCAUCAUUUAUUAUCAUAUUUAAAUUUUUGUGAAUAUUGUCAAAGUGUUAAAUGUCGGAAAUGUAUUGAGCCUGAAGUUGUUGUUAAAUAUUGUCCCAAAUGCUUAUUAGAAAUGAAGCCUGAGUAUAGUUUUUGUUCAAGAAACUGUUUUGAUUGUCCUUUAUGUGAUGGGAAUGUAUCAAUUCAUCAAUCAAAACAUGAUGUUCGAAAUUUUAAAAUGAAGUGCUUACAAUGUGACUGGCAAUGGGAGACUGGUGAAUUAGAAAAACAGAGAGCGUUGAGUAGAGUUGUUAAAAGUCAAUUGAAUUUGAAAAAUCCAAUGCAAAGAUUUUCCACUUUGGAGACUUUUUAUCUUCAAAGGAAACAAUUGUUACAAGGUGAACUGGAAAUUUCAAAAGAUACAGCUUUACAAAUGUCAAAAUUGAAAUUGAAUGAUGGUGAUUUGAAAGAUAUUCAAAGCUUUAUAGGUCGGAAUUCCAUUAAAAAGUUUGAUAGAGAUGAAGAUUUACACAAUGUGGAAUUCUUAUCAAAACAAGAAUCAAAUUCUCAAAUCUUGACAUAUACUCAAUCAAUCAAAUCAACAAUACCUCAACGUUCUAUUUCAUCUGUCCCACCAAAUUCAACAAAAUUGAAAACCAAAAUUUCCAAAAGAUGCAAGGCUUGUAGAAAUUCAUUAAUGAAACCAGAUAAAGAGAUAACAUCUGUGAAAUUUUAUAAAUUAUCAAAUGCAAUUGAUUACCUACCAUUGUUGAAAAUUCAUCCACAUCCAAAUUUCAAAUCUUCACCAACUCCAUCAACACAAUACAAAUCAUUAUUAUCUUUUGAAAAUCCAUUAGACAUCCCCAUGAAAUUAACAAUAUCAACAUAUUCAAUAACACCAGGAUCAUACAAUCAUAAAGUUCAUAUCCCAAACUUUGAAUUUGAGCUAUCUGGGAAACCAGAAAAUUAUUCAACUUUACAAAAUUUCAUAAAGACAAUCCCUACAAUAGAACUUUUGAAAGAUACAAAAUUAGGUAGAAUUGAACAUAUGAAUAGAAAUCCAGUCAAUUUUGAUUAUGAUGUUGUGGAAAAGGGUAUAAAUUGGUGUGUUUUCCCUAUAUUGAUUGAAGUUGAUGAUUCUAAUGGGAUUGGCCAUGAAUUGGAAAUUCCCGUUUUCAUUACAGUAAAGACUGAGUUUUAUUCAACCGGGUACUGGUCUGUCUUGAAGUUUGGCGAAGUUGAAUAG